AUGACGAACUAACCCGGAAGAAAACGUCAACGUCAGGUGAUGUAUACAGCGUUUGAGCUGGAGCUACUCAAGUCAUUUAUUUAUUGAUAAUAAUCCUUUAUGCAUAAAGACUUGUUUUAAACCAUGGCUCAAAAAAUCAACGAAGCCCACGAGCACAUCGCCCAGGCUGAAAAAUAUUUGAAGACGAGCUUUAUGAAGUGGAAGCCUGAUUAUGAUAGUGCUGCAUCAGAAUAUGCUAAAGCAGCUGUUGCCUUUAAAAACGCCAAGCAGCUUGAACAGGCGAAAGAGGCGUAUUUACAGGAGGCUGAAGCUUACACCAAUAAUGGAUCCCUUUUUCAUGCUGCCAAGGCCCUCGAGCAAGCAGGCAUGAUGCUGAAGGAUAUGCAGAAACUCCCUGAGGCAGUGCAGUACAUAGAGAAAGCCAGCAUGAUGUAUGUGGAGAACGGCACACCAGACACCGCAGCCAUGGCCCUCGACAGAGCUGGAAAGUUAAUAGAACCUUUGGAUUUAUCUAAAGCCGUUUACCUGUACCAGCAAGCUGCGUCUGUGUUUGAGAAUGAAGAUCGAUUACGGCAAGCAGUGGAGCUUAUUGGCAAAGCAUCAAGACUUCUUGUUAGACAGCAAAAGUUCGACGAAGCAGCAAAGUCAAUCCAGAAGGAGAAGAACAUGUACAAAGAAAUAGAAAAUUAUCCAUCUUGUUUUAAGAAAACCAUCGCACAAGUGCUUGUGCAUCUCCACAGAGGCGAUUAUGUGGCGGCGGAUAAGUGCGUGCGAGAAACCUACAGCAUCCCAGGAUUCAGUGGGAGUGAAGACUGUAUUGCCAUGGAGCAGCUUUUGCAGGGUUUCGAUCAGCAAGAUGAAGAUCAGGUGUACCGUGUCUGUAAUUCACCGCUGCUUAAGUACAUGGACAAUGAUUAUGCAAAGUUGGCCAUUAGCCUGAAAGUGCCUGGAGGAGGGAAGAAGGAAUCGUCUGUUUCUGCUGCCAGUGGAGACGCCAAGCCUGAGGAAGAUGAGGAUGAGUAUGCCGGUGGGCUCUGUUAAACUGAUCCUGAAUCAGAGCUCUUUCUCUGCUACAGGAUGACAGAUCGUGAAGACAUUUUCCAUCUGUUACCUGUCAAUCCUUUAUGAAGAUAUAAGCAUGAUUAUGUUAAUGACUGUGUUCCUGAAAUACGAUACUUCCAGACUGGAGCUGUCUGUGUUUGACCCUUUUCAGAGCUAUUUAUGGGAAAAAUGUCACUUGGAAAAGAUGUUUUACACUUAUCCAUACAGAGGCCUUUAUCAGCACUUGAUAGUGCAGGGUUAUACUUCAUCCAUCCUGAAACAUACUUAUUUGGGUUUAUUAAUAAUCUUUAUAUAUUUUAUAUAAUUAUAAAGUUUUCUGGCAAUUCUUAUAUGAAGAUUGUUACAUUAAGUUGAUACAUGUGAUACUAUAUAUACUGUAUAUCAUGCACUAUAUGGAAUAGUGGUGAACUUUAGAUGGUUUAUCAAAGUCUUUGUGUGCAAUAUUUGAAAUACCCCCCCUCCCCUUUUUUUUGCUUUGUUAUAAUCAAUUAAAUUAUAUGAUAUGCUGAAGAUUUGAAUAACAGUGCCUGGCCAACCCUAAAGAAAGUGAAUGUCUUUAUGUUGUCAUUUUGAAAAUAUUAUAAUUAGUAUCAUAUAAUCCAAUAGCUGAUCGUUAUAUAAAGUUUAAACACCAGCUUUUGUCACGUGACAUCUAUGGAAUGGCACCUAAAAACUAAGCAGGAUUCUUCAAAUAAAUGCAUGACAUGCCUUAAUGUUGUCUGUCUGUAUAUGAGAGACUGGCCUUGAAAUGUAAGUUUGAAAUUGCAGGAACAAUUUCUGUAUUAGAGACAGAAUCAUUAAAUAUGAAUGCAUGGGCUGAUAAAAUCAUAAAUCAGUGAAUAAAGUAAAUCGUUGAUUUUUUAAA